AUGACUAUGAUUUUCCCAAACGUCAAUCGUUCAUAUCCUGUCUUUUCUCCACGAUUUUUCUGACUCUAAAGGUGGAACAAGAGUAGAGCAACUACAAAUAAACGUUCAAUGAGAUAUUACCUUGCCGAGCAUUCCAGAUCGAGCUAUGACACCCGGUCCGCAAGACCUGAGCGAGACGUCACUGAACAGGGCAGAUCUGAGACCUAAGAAGAGAUUAGAUACCCUGAUCGAGAGGAGCAAAACCACCCACAUAGACCACCAGAUACCGAUCCGUAGGUACAUCCAGAUAGCGGACGCCCUGCUUCACGCCGCUAAGCACUCUCAGAUGAAGAAAUCUCACGAGUCCUCGCUGAUGAACUACCUCCGGUACCAGUCUUUGGUCAAGAAGCUGAGGACCCACAAGAAAUACGGAAAAAUUCCCAUUGGCGAACGGUCCGCAUUCGACUACAAGCUGAAGAACGUGAUGAAGAACGUCAAGGUUUUGAGCGAGGUCGUUUUCUCGGAGUAUAAGAAGUUUUACCAGAUGUCGAAGUUCGACAAUCAGGAUCAGAACUUGGAAGGGUACCAAGAGCAGCGACCCACUAUAUCCACGGUCCAUACCUUCAUAAGCGCCAACAGAGGGGAGCUCGAAGAAGCCAAAUGGAGCCAACCGUCACUGACAACGAGAUCCUCGGUAGCCAGCAGAUCUAGGUCUAGGGCAGUGACGGAUUCCGGAUCUUGCAUCAGCUUUCCAACGUAUCGCACCUUCUCCUCCAACGUAGACGUCAAUUACGGUCUCAGACGCUCCAUUUUCCCCACCAAACAAGUCAGGGAGUUCGACGUCAUCUACAGCCAGAGGAGGAUCGUGAGGAGUCACAGAACGGUCAUUGUGCCGAGCAGGAUAACCACGGAGUUCUCCUACUUAUCCUACAGGAACACGCAGAAGAACGUGGAGACAGUGGCGUAUCUGGCCGGGAGGGAACUGAACGCCACGCAACUGCUGGUAUCGCAUCUGAUACUACCCGAACAGGUGGGAUAUUCGGAUUACUUCAAGGUUAAGGAUUCCAUAGAGCUGAUACGGUAUCUGGACGAGCACGAUUUGCUCACUAUUGGAUGGAUACAUUCUCACCCGGUAGAAUCCAGCUACCUAUCCAGCAGCGACAUGCACUACCACAGCGUCUUUCAGAGCGUUCUACCAGAGGCCAUAGCGAUGGUAUACAGCCCAAAGUAUAUGAAUAGCACCACGUUCAACCUGACCCCCAACCACGGGCUCAAAUUCAUCUUGAACUGCAGAAAAAAGGGGUUCCACACCCAUCCGACGAACCCCCCUUUAACCAUGAUCUCCCAGCAUGCCAUCACCGACCUUUAUGGCGAUCUGACAGUGAAGGAUUUCAGGGAUUCGAAGAAGGUCUACGAAGAUUGGGAUGGUGUGAGAGCCUCUUUCACUUCGAAUCUGUUUGAGAGGAUGAUGAAGGACACGAAUAGCGGUGAAAAAGGGAGGAUAAGAAAAAGCGAAGUCACAUUCGUACAUAUCGGACGUUAAUAAAUCGUUUAAAAAU